GUCCGUUUUACUUUGAAAACCCCCGUUUACAGACGUUGCGCAACCGCUUUUGUUUCAAACCAGCCAUAAAACGAAGAGCACCCCACCUCCGGCCCGCUUCUUCCUUCAAUCCAUCCUCCUCCUCCUCAUCCUCCUCUUCCAUCCAGCAACAUCACGAAGCGCUCAGGCCGACAGGAGUGCACCGAAGGCGGCCGCUGUCGUGUCCGUGCUGUCAACUGUUGAUUACUGGCCGACGUCAAUGACUCUUGGAAGAUUUAUGAACAAGCGUGUUCCUUCUAAUAAGAGAUACCAGCCCACAGACUACGAGCACGCAGCCAACUGUGCCACGCAUGCGUUAUGGAUAAUUCCGAGCCUGUUGGGCACCUCAGUGCUGCACUUCCAGUCGGACGACCAAUGGGAGUGCAUGUCGGCCUGGGUGUAUGGCGCCGGGCUCAGCUCGCUCUUCACCAUCUCUACCCUUUUCCACACUGUGGCUUGGAAGAAGAGCCAUCUACGGGAGGUGGAGCACUGUUUUCACAUGUGUGACAGGAUGGUAAUAUAUUUCUUCAUUGCUGCCUCCUACGCGCCUUGGCUCAACCUAAGGGAACUUGGACCCUGGGCGAGCCACAUGCGCUGGCUGGUGUGGGUUAUGGCACUGUCGGGGACCACUUAUGUCUUCUUCUUCCACGAGAGGUACAAGCUUGUGGAGCUGAUCUGCUACACAGUGAUGGGCCUCUUCCCCGCCUUAGUCAUCCUGUCCAUGCCGGAGCAGGCUGGCUUAUGUGAGCUACUGCUGGGCGGCACCUUCUACUGCCUGGGCAUGGUCUUCUUCAAGAGUGACGGCAUCGUGCCUUUCGCCCACGCCAUCUGGCACCUCUUCGUGGCUACUGGUGCCGCCGUGCACUACUACGCCAUCUGGAAGUACCUCUACGUCCUGCCAGCAAACCCGGUCCGUAUCUCCAGAUGACAGCGCAGCUGAGGGAGACCCCGCCUCCAUUAUGGAAUAUUCCGGUCCAUUCCCAAGUAACUGUGGUUUGUCCUGUGGGGGAAACCGCAUGUCACAUCCAGUGUCUUUUGUGUCAAUUGUUUACACUGUGCUGGAGCAGGCGCUUCUCAACUGGUUGCACUUUGAGGGUGUUUUUGUUUGUGGGAGUUUUGAAGGCGCCUUACAGCCUUUUAUGAAGCCUCUUCACGACAACUUGUGGCUGUUUUUUUUUAUUUUUGUUUUUUUUUUUUGCUACCAUGCUUUUUCUCUAAUGGUUAUGUUUAUUUUUACUCUGCAAGGUGGCAAGCAAUCAUUCAUGACGAACUUAAAAGAUUGCAGUUACAGUAACUGUGUGACACAUUGCGAUGUCACUGGGUAGGUUAUUUCCAAUGUGUUUUCUUUUCAAUUUCAAUUGUGCAAGGUGGCAGUUAUUAUGUCUAACUUGCGAAAAACAAUCAUCUGACAGCAAUUGUAUAGUAUGUCACAUAAACACAGAUGCAUGACAGAAUCUUUAAGGAGAUUAUAUCUGACUUGAUUGUGUAUAUAAUUUCUAAAGUGCAAUAGGCCAGUUAUCAUGAGUUACUGGCAAGGAAUGAUCACAUUAUUGUAAUUUUAUAUACACUGCGUGGUGGGACCAAUUUGCUUUUCUUACUUUGUGGAUUUUUUCCUCACUUUUCACUUCAUUUGUAUUGUGUAAGGUGGCAGCCAUCAUGACUAACUGACUAGAAAUGAUUGCUUUACAGUAAUGUAUGAUGCGUCUACAAGACAAUGCGUGACUAUUUUUGAGCUGAUUGUUCACUUUAUUGCUAAUGAGCAAUGUUUCAGUAAUAAGUAACUGGCAAUGAUCUUUACGUUACAGUAAUACAUGUUGACACGGCAAUGCCGACUAAAAACUGGAUGAUUUCUAGUUGUUCAUUUUUUGCACAAUUACUAUUGUGCAGUGUGACAUUUCAGUCUAUAUGGCAAUAAACCAUUGCACUGCAGUAAUUAUAUGACACUAGUGCUGCGAUUAAUUGGUUAACUCGAGUGAUUCGAUUACAAAAAAGAUUCGAAUUAAAUUUUGCUGCUUCCAGUGUUCGUUUGAAUUAAGUGGCGUUGUAAUGCUUUGUUUUGAAAGUGUUUGCAUUUAGUUUUAUUGAUAUGGGUGGAUACACGGCCCUAUAGUGGCAACAGUGAAUAUGACAUAACUCAUUUCACAUGGCUGAAUCCAGCUGCUCCCUGUUAAGACCAACAUACGCUAAGUUUUUGUUUGAGCUAAUGUUUUUUUUUUAAUGCAUUCGUAAUUUAGUUUAUACUAGGGCUGUCAAAUGAUUAAAAAUUUUAAUUGAGUUAAUCACAGCUUAAAAAUUAAUUUAUCUUAAUUAAUCGCAAUUCAAACCAUCUAUAAAAUAUGCCAUAUUUUUCUGUAAGUUUUUGCUGGAAUGGAAAGAUAAGACACAAGAAGGAUAUAUACAUUCAACAUACUGUACAUAAGUACUGUAUUUGUUUAUUAUAACAAUAAAUCAGCAAGAUGGCAUUAACAUUAACAUUUUGUUAAAGCGAUCCAGGGAUAGAAAGACUUGUAGUUCUUAAAAGAUAAAUGUUAGUACAAGUUAUAGAAAUUUUAUAUUAAAACCCCUCUUAAUUUUUUCGUUUUAAUAAAAUUUGUAAAAUUUUCAAUCAAAAAAUAAACUAGUAGCCCGCCAUUGUUGAUGUCAAUAAUUACACAAUGCUCAUUGUGCUGAAACCCAUAAAAUCAGUCGCACCCCAGCGCCAGCAGAGGGCGAUAAAACACAAUAAAACACAAGUAACAAGUAGACAUGACACUGCUGUCAUUUUAAUCUGUUUGAGCGGGGCAUGUGCGUUAAUUGCGUCAAAUAUUUUAACGUUAUUAAUUUUAAAAAUUAAUUACCGCCCGUUAGCGCGAUAAUUUUGACAGCCCUAGUUUAUACAUAUAUUUAGCCGUUUUUAUGGGAAUAUGUGAUAGAAAUAUUUGUUAAAAACAUUGUAAAUAAUAAUAAUAAUUUUUUAAAAUUGCAUUUUAUAGCAUUUAAGCUAGCAUACUUUUGCUAUGUAAGUUACCCAAUUGUUCAUCGAUUAUUCGACUACUAAAAUAAUCGAUAGCUGCAGCCGUGUAUGAUACAUCGACAUUACAAUCUGUGAAUGAAUUUCUUUUGAAUUUUGUGGAGCAUUUGUAGUGGUUGUGUUUAUUUCUACUGUGCCAGGUGGCUAGUUAUCACCCCCUCCCCUCCAAAAAUACUUGCAUUUAUUACAAUGCAUGAUGUUGCUUAACCCAAUGUGCCAUGUACUGUAUUUAUUUAUGCAUUUUAAAUCAUUGUAGAUCUGAUUAUUUCCAGUCAUUACAUUUAUUUCUAUUGUGCGAGGCGGUUAUAUAGUAAUCAUGAAUAACGGAACAAAUGUAAUUAAAGUGACUGUAAGACACGGCACUGGACUAAUGUCUGAUUGUAUGACCAAAUGUUUUAUAUUUUAACUGUAUCAUUUCUAGUGGUUGUGUUCAUUUGGAUUGUGCAAGAAUGGCUUCAUAUGAGCUUGCUGCCAGUUGAGAACCACUGCACAGUAGUAUCAUCACUGUUUUUACUUGAUCUCCUAUUUUAAAUACGAGUGCUUUGUGCUUUCUGUUGUCAUGGUGAUUUAUAAAUCAAGCAUGAUUGUUUUUAAUAUUUAAAUUGUCAAUUUAAUAUAUUUGUAUUCCUAGAGAGGUUUUCACCAGUGUGCUUCCAUUAUAAGUUGAAAGUGAAACAGUAUGUAACAUUUCAUACAGUAUUUUUUCAAGCUUUUAUUUCAAUUGCAACAAAUCCACACUGCCAGAUGUUUAUUUAUUUAUAUUAUUUCAUUUAUUUUAUUUAUUUUUUUACGUAAACAGCAAAGGUUUUAAAACACCAACCCUAAGUUAUCUUCCUUUAAAUGCAGCCUCUGAAAGACAUAAUUUCAAGAAGCCUUUAAAUGACGACAUCUGUAUUAUGCCUUCAAAUGUGGCCUCCGAAGAACACAUUUGAUUCUGGAUUUUUGUGUCAUUCUAUAACAUAUUUACCCUGUGAGCUUUUGAAGGAACUUUUUAUUUGGGCGAGGUCAUUGGAUGUCAAAAGUUGCCUUGUCUAGUUUUCGGAGGCCCACAAAACACAAGUUUGUUAAUUGCCACCACCCUUGUGUUUAAAACGGAUAUUUCCUUUUGGUGUUCUAAUCCCUUUUGCAUGCUGUUUACGCAUUGAAUGUGAAAGCAAAGCAGAACAACGUACAGUACGUACGCUUUGUAUAGUUGUAGAACAAUCUAAACAAUGGCAUCUCAGGUGCGUGAGUGGUACACCAUCCGAAAAAUGAAUCCAAAGCCUCUGGUCUAUGUUUACACGUGAAUCCACGACUUUAAAAAAAGAACUCUAUAUCCAGGUAUAUUACAUAUAUGUUAUGGCUGGGCAGCGGUUCAAAUUUUUAUUCACAAUUAAUUGUUUCCUGAGAUGAAGCAGACAAAAGACUCCAGUUGAGUCUGUGUGCUGAGUAGAUUUAACCCCUUCAGACACGCAUUUCUUCUGCUGAGCAAUAAAAAAAAAACGUCUUCGCUGAUUUUUACUCUACCCAAAUACCAGAAAAAGUACAUUUUUUUGGUCAGGGAUACAGUGGUAUGAAGAAGUGUCUGAACCUUUUGGAAUUUCUCACAUUUCUGCAUAAAAUCCCCAUCAAAUGUGAUCUGAUCUUUGUCAAAAUAACACAGUUGAAAAAAAGUGUCUGCUUUAACUAAAACCACCCAAAAUUUUUAAUCAGGAUAGUAUGCAAACAAUGACAAAAGGGGGGGGGGGGGAUAAGUCAGUGAGCCAUCACAUUUAAUGUGUUGUAUUUUGCCAAAACUGUGUUGUGUCCAACUACCUUUUUGCGAACAUUAAAUGAGCAACAAUGUUUUUUUAGACGGUAGUGGCUUCCUCCGCGGGGUCCUCCCAUGAACAACAUUCUUGGCUACAGUUUUACAUGUAGUAAAUGUGUGCACAGAGAUUUUAGACUGUGCCAGUGAUUUCUGUAAGUCUUUAGCAGACACCAUAUGGCUAAUUUUUACCUCUUUGAGUAUUCUGCACUGAACUCUAUGUGUCAUCUUUGGUGGACGGCCACUCCUUGGGAGAGAGGCAACAGUGUCAAAUUCUCUCCCAUUGUAGACAACUUCUCUGACUGCCGAUCGAUGAACAUCUAGACUUUUAGAGAUGGUUUUGUAUCCUUUCCCUGCUUUAUACAAAUCAACAAUCCUUGAUCGCAGGCCUUCAGACAGCUCUUUGACCGAGCCAUGAUGCACAUCAGACAAUGCUUCUCAUCAAGAAAAUUCUUAACAGGUGUGUGUUUUAUAGUGGGCAGGGGAGCUUUAAACCACUCAUCAGUGAUUGGGCACACACCUGACUUAAAUUGUUUGGUAAAAAUUGGUUUCAAUUGCUCUUUCAGUCUCCUUAGGCAAAGGGUUCACUUACUUAUUUUUCCCCUUCUGUCAUUGUUUGCAUGCAAUCCUCAUUAAAAUAUGAUACCCUAUAAAUGUUUGUGUGGGUUUAGUUAAAGCAUACACUUUUUUUACAUCUGUGGGAUUUUGACAUAGAUCAGAUAACAUUUGACAGUGAUUAUAUGCAGAAAUGUGAGAAAUUAAAAAAGUUUCAGAUACUUUUUCAUAUGACUGUCUUUCAUGCUUUUAUUGGUAUUUUUAAUGUUAAUAUCAUCUUGUUUUUGAUGACAAAUAUGCACUUACGUUUGCCUUUUUGACGUUGCGUUUGGUCUCAGCCAUUUUCAAAUAUCCAAAAAUAGCAAUGACGGUGUGCUAAACCUUAUGAUCUGAUUUCGAUGGGUAAAUUUUCAUCCAAUCAUCUACCACAAGUGGCAAUGGCAACUAAAUUCAGUGUAUUUAUUGAUUUAGAGACGCGAACGCGUCAUGUCCUUCAGCAGCAUGCUCAGGUCUGAAGGGGUUAAAACACAACAGCUAUUAGUAGUAUUACAAACUCAAUACGACUUCAUUUAUUGAGUGGAGGGGAUACACCUAAUAACCGAUAGGACAAGAAGAGGGAACACAGGACAGAUUUGAGUAUACAUAACUAUUACUACUGUAUAUUGUAUAACUUUUGAAUUUAUUGUUUUGUGUGCAUGACAAUGUCAUAAUCACAGUCAAUCGCAAAGAAUCUCAUGCUAUUAUUUGCAAGUAAAAUUAAUUACUGCCUAGCCCUGAUAUAAACAUUGUUGUAAUGCAAACUUUACCCACUUGGACAAGUGUAGGGCAUGGAAGCGAACUUUCCUUUAAUUCCAGAUUCCAAUGUGUAGAGAAAUUCUCUGGAUGCCUCAGAGGAGACAAACGAAAGGGUUAAAGAGUAAAACUGGGGUUUAGGGUUAGGGAUUCAUAUUAACAUAAAUCAAAGAGGGAUUUUCUUUGUUUUUUCAAGAAUACCAGUUUGACCAAAUGUCUUUAUUUUGGGACGUGACCUGAUCUUUAUGUUGAAUGUUCUAGAUUUUUCAAUUCAUAACCUUUCUUAUUGCUAUUUCAAGAAAUUAAAAGUGCAAUUUGCCGGGAAGCGCUUCCAUGCCUUACUUGUAUUAGAAAAGAUAUUUAUUUUCCAAGCAAAUAAAGUUUAAACUUUGUCAGUUGUUCACGCAAUUCCUCUUGUAACUCCUCAUGGCACUCCACGAACUCAUUUUGUGGCUUGCAUGCGACCUCACUACUUCUUGUAUGUCUCAAAGUGAAUCCACAACUCCUUGUGUGUUCUUCCAGAAAUUUGGGUGUGUUUCUCUCUGCCUAGUGAGAUUGUGCAGCUACUGAGAUUGUCCUUAAUUUCUUUUGUCUGUGUAUUGCUUCUGUGCUGUGACAAGCCGCCAUGAUGCUUUUAGCUUUUCUAUCUCUCUUGUAAUAAAAAAGAAGAAACAACAAAAAACAAGCUUUUUCACGUAGUUUUACAUCCCGACUCGGCACUUCUGUCAGUUUUAUGCUCAUUAGGAGCUGAUUUUAUUCCCAAAGCUGAAGGCGCACUUUGGAGUGAUGACUCAGCAAGUAUUUUGUGAUGUGGCACAACAGCAUAAAAACAAUGUAAUUUAGAGGAGAACAUAAAGCGGUGAAAGCUUUGGUGCAAGCUCUUGCAGUUUCCUUAAUUGUUUCAUUACACACAAAUGUACUUCGUAUGAAAACAUCGGUUUUGUGAACAUAAACAAAACAAAACAUUUUUAUAAAUUGAAUGUUAUACGUAAAUUCUGAUCCUGAAGGGAAAAUUAUCAUAAUUAUUGAUAAUAUCAAUAAUAACCGUCAUUUUAUUGCAUGUUUUUAUGAAUGGUAAAACAACCCCAUUCUAUUAUUUUCCAAACAGUCACACGUAUAUAUUUUGAGCAAAUAGACGUAUGGAUUAAAUGUAAUUAUAAAUACCAAAAUAAAGGAAAUAUACUGUGUAUAUAGAUUAUUAGGAACUAUAAAAUAUAUUAUACAUUCAGGAUCCAUAUUUGGUAAAAUAAAUGUGGAAAAUGAAGUACAACCAAAUAUUAUAAAUAAUAAUUGUUACAUAUUGUUUUAAAAUAUUCAGGAAAAAUAUAUGAAAUAAAAGAGGCUUAUUGGAUUAUUUUCACGCAAGUCACUAAUGCCACAUAAAACCAAGAACCUAGCAGUAAUGAAUUAAGGUCAUUAGAUUUCACUUUUCUCAGGGGCUAUAAUUAAUUAGUUAAUUGAAGAGUAUUUGCGCAGGAAUUAUAUUUGAAAAUUUGUUUUGAAAAUGUUUCUGCAACAAUCUUACAGAAAGUGCAUUUAUCAUCAAUUUCAGUGAAUUUAGCAAAUGACCCAUCUGAUUGGGUAGAAAAUACCGGGUUUUUGAAAUAUUUUUAAGUAGUGCUGGAACGAUUAAUCGAUUAACUCGAGUAGUUCAAGUAGAAAAAGCUUCGAAUUCAAAUUUUUUCCGCUUCGAGGAUUCGUUUAGUUAGAGUGGCGUUGUAAUGGUUUGUUUUGAAAGUGUUUGCAUUUAGUUAUACUGAUUUGGGUGGAUACACUGUCCUCUAGUGGUAACAGUGAAUAACUCAUCUAACAUGGUGUCAAGUCUCGGAAGUCAUGAUAGUCUUUUUUGUUUUGUUAGUGCAGAAUUUCCUGCUUUUAUUUUGGUAGUGGCAUUCCGCCUGGUUUCCAACUUUACUUCCUGCUCUUCCCAAUCAGGCUGAUCAUAUCCACAUGUGAUCCAUUGUAUAUAUAGUCUGCACCUUACCUUGCCCUGUGUCGGUUCGUCUUGUAUCCUGCCAUGUUCCGUGUUAUCAGCUCAUGUAAGCCAUUUCUUGACUAAAAUUUAUGUUGGGUUCAAAUGCCCUUUUUGUUACUUUGUUGACUUCGCUCAAAUUUUUGGUAUCCAGCAAGCGCUGGGAUUUUUUUGUUGUCUCUUUUGAACUCCUAUGAACUGAAAAUAAAUAUUUUUGUUGAAACGGAACAUUCGUGCAUUUGGGUCCUAAGUGAAUCUUUGUCACAUGGCUGCAUCGAGCUGCUCCCUGUUAGGCUCAACAAAAUGUUGUAAGUUUUUGUUUGAGCUAAUGAUUCUUUAUGCAUUUGUAAUUUAGUUAAGAGGUAUA